CUCACGAACUCAUUUCCUCUCUAACCCCUCUCGUCCUGGGGGUUUUGUUUUCCCUCACUCAGAGUCCUCCAAAUUAUGGCGGAUGAACAACAGAAGCGGGAUUUUGUACUAAAUACCCCUACCUCGGAGCCGCCUCCUAGAAGCAGAACACCUGACACAAACUUAAUCGACGACGACAAUGAAUAUUUCAAAUCCCUUCCUCCAGGCUACCGCUUCAAACCCUUCGAUGAAGAGCUCAUCAUUCACUACUUGAACAACAAAAUACAUGAGAAGCCAUUGCCUCGGAAUAAAAUAAAGGAAGUUAAUUUAUAUGCACACAAUCCUGAGACUCUCGCUGAGAAGUUUCCUUUAUAUGAAGAAAAGGAGUGGUAUUUCUUUACUCCUAGAGAUAGGAAGUAUCCGAAUGGAUUGAGACCGAAAAGAGACGCCGGUUAUGGAUACUGGAAGGCCACCGGAGCAGAUAAGAAGAUCUAUAAUGAUGACAGUCGGAAAAUCGAAAUCGGGUACAGGAAGGCAUUAGUAUUUUACGAAGGGAAGGCUCCUAAUGGUGUGAAGACGGACUGGAUUAUGCAUGAAUAUAGGGCUACUGGUGCACCUUCUCCGAAGGACAAGGAGACCAAGCCCAUGCGUCUUGAUGAUGUGAUUUUAUGUCGGUUGUACAAGAAGGUUGACAACAAAGCUGGCAGAAAUAAACAGAAGGAUGUUCCUGUGGAACCGGAUGAUCAGGAUGAACAACAAUCAGAUAAUGAAAAUGAAAAUCAUCAAACUACUGAAACUGUUGAUUUUAGCAGAGAGUUGCCAUAUGAAGAAGGCCCUAGCAAUAUACCGCUGUUACAGCCGAAAACAGAAUAUCCCUUCUCUGGAGGAUCUAGUUAUAAUACAUAUGGUGGUAGUAACUUCUCGAUGUCAUCAAAUUUUCAGAAUUCUUGUCAUUCUACCCCUGAUUAUGUGAAUGGCUAUCCUGUUCCUUCGUUUACUGGUCAUCAUGACAAUGGUACUCUCCAUGAAGACUUACAAAGUUUUUGCACAACACAAGGUGGCAAUGACGUGAUGCAUGAUAUGUUCCAGGAUAUACCGAGUACUUCUAGCAGGCAAGAUGCAUUUACACAAAACGUCUCUAGUUUUGUGACACAAUCCGAGAAUAAAUAUCCCAUGAUGAUAAAUGGUAAUUGUCAGCAUGAUUUUCCAGCACCUUGUCCUCAGCGUACUAUGACUGCUCCUGCUCCUGCUCUUGCUAUGCCUUAUAACGUUUCGCCAUCCGCACCUCCUCAGUAUGUUUUGCGUAGAGAUUCUAAAACAGGAUACAGAGAUUUCAAAAAGAUGAGAACAUGCAUUAAUUUAUAUCCCUAAUUUUGAACUAGGUUUUGUAGGAACUAUACUUAUUCUGGUUCUGUAAAUACUUUCUUUAGGAAUUCACCCAACUUUGUUUUCCUACUGUGAAUACUUAGGACGUAGGACUUCACCAAAAAGGCAAUUUCAAUUGGAAUUUUAAUUUCGUUAUUUAAAUGGUACUCUUGUUGCUUCUUUUCGGGGUUUAUUCUUAGCCAUUCUUGACUACUUAAAUUAAUUGGCGUCAAAUUA